UUCCCGGGGACGAAUCGAAACGAAACGGCAAAAAAGAAAAAAAGAAAAAAAGAAAAAAAAAUAGGAGCAAAUGAAAAAGGAGCAGCCUUUGUUGUUGUUCUUCGUCUUCCCUCCGUUGCCAAUUCAGGCGAAUUCGCUGAAGCUCUAUUUAUUAGUCUGUAUGGGUGCCCGCAGCAGCAGAGCCUGCUAGGACAAAGAAAGUCCGAAUCUUGGCGCCGUUUCCGUGUCCUUCUAGGGUUUUGGGCUCCUGUCGUGCUCCGCUAAGCCGCUUGACAACAUGAGGAAGAAGCUCGAUACUCGCUUCCCUGCUGCUCGAAUCAAGAAGAUUAUGCAAGCUGAUGAGGAUGUUGGGAAGAUUGCAAUGGCAGUGCCUCUACUUGUCUCUAAGGCCUUGGAGCUGUUUCUGCAAGAUCUCUGUGACCGUACAUACGAAAUUACUCUGAAGAGGGGUGCAAAGACCCUAAACUCAUCACAUCUGAAGCAAUGCGUGCAAACAUUCAAUGUAUUUGAUUUCUUGAGGGAGACUGUUAGCAAGGUUCCAGAUCUGGGUGGUUCUGAGACUGUUAGUGAGGAUCGUUCAGCUUCUGUCCUCAAAAGAAGGAGAGUCGUUGGAGAUGAAGAAAAUGACAGUGAUGGUGAGCUAAAAAAGGGCCGCAUGAUUGAGGCUGGACACUCAACGAGUAGCGGAAGAGGACGAGGCAGGGGCAGAGGUAGGGGUCGUGGACGAGGCACUCGAGCCGCAGAGAGGGAUAUGGCUGUGCAUGAUGAUAAAUUGGAGGAUGGCCUGGAUGGUUCAAAGCCUGAUGUUAAAAGUUGUGAUUUGGAGAGAAAGGAUAGUGAGACAGUUGGCAAUGAGUCGAAUGAAAAUGCUCAGGCUCCCGUUCGGAACUUUGAUCUUAAUGUGGAUUUGGAUGAGAACGGGGACUUGAAAGACGCAGCAGCUCCAGCUCCAGCUCCAGCUCCAGCUAGUUUGGGAGCAGAGUCCAAUCAUGAAGUGAAGCAUGAGGAGUUCCAGGGUUGGUCCCUCUCUGAGGUGGAAAAGAUGGCAAUUGAUCCCAUGCAACUCACAGGCUUGAACGGGACUGUGGAAGAGGAUGAAGAUUAUGAUGAGGAAGGUUAGGGUGGGUUAGUUAUGGCAGUGUUAGUGAUUGAUUAGUCCCUCAUAGUUCUGAUGUUAGAUUUCACUAGCACAGGUUGAUACAGGUGAAUAUGAUAGCUUAGGGCGUAAGAAAGUUCAGCUAGAUCAGACCUGACAAAGUAGGCAAUGUGGAGGUUAACCUUCUUUGAUCUUGUAGGUGGCUUUAGAUUAUUGGUGUAUUCGUAUGAAGUAGACUACAGAUGUACAGAAGGCUUUAUCUUUUUAAUCAAUGGUGGUUUCUGUGACUGGCGGGGCUAUUCCCUCCUUUGAAUUAUUA